CAGGAGUGGGUUGAAGAGGGAGACCGCGAGUAUAUGGCGCCCGAGGUCUUGCAGGGACGGUACUCCAAGCCUGCUGAUGUGUUCAGCCUGGGCAUGAUGAUGCUGGAGAUUGUGGCCAACAUUGUGCUGCCCGACAACGGCGUCGAGUGGCAAAAGCUGCGUGAAGGGUGCUUUGACGACGCAAACUUUAUCGACCUGCCGUAUUCGUCGGAUCUCCUGGACACUAUCAAGUGGAUGCUGGCCCCUGACCCCGACAUGCGGCCCACGGCCGGCCAGAUCGUG